AAAAUUUCUAAAUUUAUCGAUAGCGUUUGAGCACCCCUAUCAUUGCGCAGGCAAUAAAAAGAGAAAAAAAAGAAAAGCAAAACGACGGGCAGUUUAUGCCAUAAAACUCAACAAAUAAUAACAAAAAAAUGUCCGCUUUCUACAAUCUGUACGCGGGUGGGGACAAUUACGACGAUGAGUCCUCCGGAGAUGAACGGAACGAAGAAGAUACGGACGACGCCAGUGAAACGGAGUUUCGUAGCCCAAAUCUAAAUCGUUAUGGUGGUCUGGGCUUGGGCAUGGCGUCCAAUGGAAUUUCCUGCAUGAACACCAAUAGCAGUAGCAACAACAAUGUGGGCAGCAACAGCGAGUUGAAAGAACAAAUGUAUCAGCACAAAUUGGUCAAUCUGCAUAAGCAAAUGGAUGAACUAAAUCAAUUGCAACACCCGGAAUAUAUUAAGCGUCUUAAGAAACUGGAGAAUCAGUUAAAAGAGCGUCGAAGACUCAAUGAGAUUUACAAAGAGUACAUGAGAGAGUGUGUCGAACGGGACUAUAUAUUAGAGAAGAAAGCUGCCCAAAAGGAUUACGACGAGAAAAUGAUGGAUCUCAAGGAUAACCUCAUUGCUGAUUUCGAAGAUCGCAAGCGACAGAUAGAAAACGAACGAUAUAGCCUGGAACUGACGAAUGAUUCUAUGGAGAUUAAAACGACAGUGACACGAAAACUUCGGCGUCGUCCCAAUGAACCAUUACCGGUAAUAGAGAAGCGACGCAAACCAGCCACAGGACAGUUGCUAGUCUACCAGCUAGAAGAUAAGGAAAUCGAGUCUGAUCUUAAGAUGAUUCAAAGAGGCAAGCCAAUGGCCCUGCAGCAACAACAGCAAAAUGGAAUGGCCAACUAUGCCCAACAGCAGCAACAUCAUCACCAGCAAUCACAUCAGCAGCAAAUGUCCCAUCAUAAUCUCAUAAGUGGUAAUGAUCCUGCAGCAUCUUCCAACUAUCAAGUGGAGACACGCAUUGAGGCCAACAAAUUGUUGUACGAACGUCGCUGGUUCUGCCGAGGUCAACAGGUCUAUGUGGAGGGCAAGGAUAUGAAUAAAUUCCCAGCAACCAUUGCAGCCAUUGGCAAUGAAGUGGUGUGGGUGAAGCGUUCCAAUGAAAGUAAAGUCAAGAUCAAUAUGUCGCAUUUGGCCAAAGGCAAAAUAUCCAUUAAGCGGCGAUAGCCAUGCUAAUCUUCCAUAACAAAGACAUCAUCGUCAUCAUUCAGCUGCCGCAACAAUAGCAGCAGCAGAAGGAGAGUGAGAUCUCUAGUUUAAGAAAAAAAAAAACUCUUCGCCCAGCUACCUAUAAUCGUCAUCAAUUCCCCUUUAGUCUCUUGCCAAUUGGUUAUAAUGGGAAUUGGUCUUUUGUAGGUAGUCCUCUUAAUUUAAACAAUUGAUUUAUGUAUUACAUCUGUAAAUAUCUGAAGAAAAAUCAACAUACAAACUA